AUCCCAUGGCGAUGCUGACUGGAUAAUGCAAGAAGGGAUUAGGUAUCACGAGGGGAUUCAGUGACGCUUCGCCACAUGAUCUGAUACGAAGGUAUAAAACGAUGCUGCUGAUGUUUAAGCCGCCAUUUGUGUCAUCGAUUCGGACGCAUUGAAGCCGCCAUCAGUCAGCAACAUGAAAGUGUCCGUUUUGAUAAGUUUAGCCCUGACUUUGGCUUUGGCAUCCGCCGCUCCAGCUCCCGCUCCAGUUGGGAUGAUGGAUCCAGCAUCAAAUCCUUUCAUCCCAUCUUUUGUGAAGAAUUUCAUCCCAAGUGCCUCUGAAAUCGCAGCUUUGGCCGCCCUUCACACAACCCCUGCACCGCCGCCAUUACCUACAGCUGCGAAGCCAGCCGCUCCUGCCGUUCCCGCUGCCGCCGCGACCGUUGCAGCCAUCAUUCCCGUCGCGCCAGUGGUAGGCGUGUGAGCUCUGUCAACUUCCGGUAUUUGGCCACGCCCACUCGACCUCUGACCUUCCUUACGGUCUGACACAUGGCAUUGGAAAUCGUAUUUUAUAACUGUCUUGUUUUUAUUCUAGAAAAUGUAUUCAAAUGGGAAUAAGAAGGACUUGAAUCAUUGUGUCAAAAAUGGCGGUUUUGUUGUUAAAAAUAAGUGAACAGAUGAAGAGCGGAGAGCGGGAAGAGACAAGAGGAAAGGAAAAGGGUGUAUAUACAGAUGGAAUAAAUCUCUAGUCUUGGAUA